UUAGCCUUCUUCUAUCAGCAUUCUGAUGUAGGCCUCCUUCAUCUCCUUCCAUUCUUCUCUAUUUUGGGCAGUAAGAGUCCAAUUGCUGCCCGCCACCUGCUUGAUGUCGUCUUUCCAUCUCAUUUGUGGCCUUCCCCUGGGUCGCUUUUGGUCCCAAGGUCUCCAGUCUAGCAAUCUUUUGCACCAAGAUUCAGACUUCCUGGCAAUAUGACCAGCCCACUCCCACUUGAGCUUCGCAACUCUUCUGCCGACAUCCGUGACUUUGCUGCGCCGUCUUAGGUCCUUAUUGGUCACACGGUCUUUCAGACAGACGCCUACAAUUUUCCGCUCCAUAUGCCUUUGUGCCACCCCAAGCUUGUGUAUCACUUCUUGGGUAGUCACCCAGGUUUCGGCGCCAUAUGUCAGGACGGGUAGUAUGCACUGGUCGAAAAUUUGGGCUUUUUGUCGUGACGUCAGGUUCAUGUUAAAAACAUAUUCAAGCUUGGAGUAGGCUGCCCACCCCAGUCUUAUUCGUCUGUCGAUUUCGUUACACUGGUUCUCUUUGCCUAUUUUAAUUUCUUGACCCAAGUACACAUACUUUUGGACUUGCUCAAUUUCUGUCCCUCCUACUUCAAUCCUGAUGUUGUUUUGUUGUUCGGAUGUCAUAACUUUGGUCUUAUCGAGGUUCAUCUCCAGUGGAGGGGGCGCGCAGCUCAGUGACGCCGAGAAUUGUGAUGCUGGCGAACUGAAAGUCUGUGUAGAUCUGAUACCCAAGACUCCUGUAGGACUACCCAGGACCAGAGAAGAAUUGGAUUUACAUUGCUCAGCAUACCAGACAGGGAUGGCCUGCAUGGACGCGUGGAUCAAGCGAUGUCUACCCACUGACGGGCAGAAGUUAGUCCAGCAACAGAUUGGGGGAGCUCGGGCGCUGAUGCGAUUCCUGUGCACUAAUGAAACUGCACUUAGAAGAGAGUUCCUAAAAGAGCCACAAUGUUGGGGCCGAGUCUCGCCUGACUGGACGCGAUGUGUGGACGAGUUGCAAGGAGCGGUCCGAGACAUCAGUGACCGCGCCCAGCAACAACUAGGUUACUUCAAUAGGAACGCUGAAAUGUGCUGCGCCAGAGACGCAUUUCUCAUGUGCGUGUCACAUGCAGGGCGAUCCUGCUCUAGUUCAGCUAGCAACCUGCUCAAGAGGAUGGCGUUCGUGCUUGCCCAGGACGUGGCAGCCUGUGGCCAGCAGCCCAGGGCUUACUGCGCCGCACCACCGCCCCCCCUUACCGCGCCACUCCUUACUGCUCUUUAUGGAGUUAUAUUUUAUCCACCACGUUUGUAA